CUCAUGACACGUGGAAAAUAAAGUAAUAUACAUACACACAUUGAAAGUACACAUACAAAAUAGUCACUUGAAGUUGGUUUUAAUCAUUAUGAUAGAGAAAUUGAGUUUGUACGGCCUUUUAAAAGUGCGAUUUUUGCGAUCUGCUACCGACCUUCCUAUUAGUCAGUCACAUGACCUAUGACGUACACUCCGGAACGGCUCCUUGGUCAAGACACUAUCCCACCUGUCACUCACGACUAUCCUGACACCUGUCAACAACAUGGAUUCUGACAACUCCGAUUCAUCCUCGGAUCCUGACACAUUUUUCGAAGUGGCAGAGUCCGACCCAAUGCUGGAGGACAAUGUGAGGGGCGUUAUGCCCUAUAGAUACGAGCCAUACUUGGAUGAGUUGGAGCCACAGGGUUCUACGGAAAGUUCGGAUGGCGAGGCAGAAGGCGCUGUUGGUGGUGCUGCUGUGGCAGACGGUCGGAUGCCUAUGGAUUUUGGCAGACUACAGCACGUGGAAUGGUGUUCUUGUGGGAGAUGUGAGCCAAUGCCACUGGUAGUGGAGUCGGUGUGCUGCCGCGAACAGUCAAGAGUGUGCGAGAGGAGAGAGGAGGAGGGAGCAGACACCCGCUGCAUCACAGAACAUUCUGGCUUUGAGCCAGUUUGUCUGAAUCUGCAUGUUCUGCGCACCGCACAUUUCCACUAUCGGCAAGAAUACGGGGAUGUAGAGGGAAACGAGUGGAAGAGGUACACUGGAUACAGACAGUUUGUGCGAUGGUGCUACGAGUACCUGGGAAGACAUGUCAGGGUCCCCAUACCUUCCUGUGUGGUGUGGUGUAUCCGGAGAACUUUUCCCUCCAUUGAUUACAGGGGGUUCCAGGACACCAACAGCCCGUGAUGAUACAUGUAUGCUGUUAACUUGUUAAUUUUGUUUUUUUAGUUUAAAUACAUGAGUUUGUAAAUACAUGAAAAUGAAUGUCAAUACAUGAUACCUCUGGCUUCACAUGAAUGUGUCUUCAUUUUUACAACUUACAACAGCUUACAACAAAUAGGCCUAGCAAAUCAAUUUACACCUUCACCAUGGAAGGGUAGCUGAUAUUUUUGAUCAUACGGUGUCUAAGAUGUGCUGUACUUCAGGGACAAUGCAAUACAAGCCCACAUGGAUAAGGGGGAAAACUGUAGCAACACAGACAUACUACACACCCUGUAAUGACACUUUUCAGAACACCAAGGUGAGGAUGGAGCAGGAGGUUCCCAACACAGUAAAUCAAAGCACUCACGGCAAAGAUGAAAUUAAGUUUGUGUUUAUUCCAUUCAGUCCGGUUCUCAUGUGUACAUUUAGGUGUUAUUUGUAAUGCUAAAGCGGGUCAUAUGUGCAUUGACUGCUGCCCUCUUAUCCGGCUUUUCGAAUGAUGCAUUGAGUGGCUCUGUAACAGGGGACGGGUCUGGGAUGUCAAAGUCAUCACCGUUGUAGUCCUCACCUCGACACAUGGCCUCCACCAUCCGCAUCAGCUCUUCAGCAUAGCC